CUGGCACAAACAUUCGAUUCUCUUGCAACACAAACGCAAUUUUGCCGAAAAGGGAGUGCGAAAAGGUGAAGCCCAGAAAAUGCCGAUGAAGACGUUGGAUGCAACAGUUUCAACAUUUGAAGGGGUGUUUGAGAAGUUCAGAAGUGAAGCAGCAAACAACAAAGCGAAUUUCAUCCUGUUCUUGGCCGACAAAGACCCAUCCACCAAUCUUAGUUGGUGCCCAGACUGCGUCAGAGCUGAACCGGUGAUAUACAAGAAGCUCGAAGCAUCACCAGACAAUGUGGCUCUGUUGAGGGCAUACGUCGGAGAUAGGCCUACAUGGAGAAAUCCGCUGCACCCAUUUAGAUCAGACUCGAGGUUCAGUCUCAAAGGAGUUCCAACGUUGAUCCUCUGGGAAGAUGGUGUGGUGAAAGCUCGGUUGGAAGACCAUGAAGCCCACGUCGAGAGCAAAAUCGACGCCCUCCUAUCUGGGAAGUAGGUGAUGUUGGUGUGGAUGGUGGAGGAAAAUGUGUUGUGCUACUGGUGACCUAAAUCUUCUGUGAGGCACUGGAUAUAAUUUAAAGCUCCAAAUAGGAAUAAAUUUGGUAUCUGCACUGAUGUGAUGAGUUGUAGUCUGAAAUAUUUCAAAUCUCUCUCUAAUUUGACGUUCUUUAUGCUAUAUUUCAAAUUCGAGAUGAGUAUUUGAACAAAGAUUUCAAAUGCAUUUUAUAUUAAAUGAA